AUGCAAGUGAAGAAGAAGGAUCAAGGGCCUAUAAGGAAAGGGCCAUGGAAAGCCGAGGAAGACGAAGUGCUUCUAAGCCAUGUCAACAAGUAUGGCCCCAGAGACUGGAGCUCCAUUCGAUCCAAGGGCCUUCUUCAACGCACCGGCAAGUCUUGUCGUCUUCGUUGGGUCAAUAAGCUUCGUCCAAACCUCAAGAGUGGAUGCAAAUUUUCGCUGGAGGAGGAGAGGGUGGUGAUUGAGUUGCAAGCACAAUUUGGGAACAGAUGGGCCAAGAUUGCGUCUUAUUUGCCAGGAAGAACAGAUAAUGAUGUCAAGAAUUUCUGGAGUAGUAGGCGAAAGAGGAUCGCUAGGAUUCUGCAUUCUUCACCGCCAUCAUCUAAAUCCUACAAGAACAAAAAUGAAGUCCCCAGUUUCCACAAUGUUUCCCCUCUGGAGGCUCGUAAGUUCAGUUCUUCAUCUGUGGAAGAAUCAUCAUCAAAAGCUCAUCAGCCACGCUCAUCAUCCUUUACUACUGAGAAUUCAGAGGUCAUAAAGAUGGUGCCAUUGCAAGAUCUCAUGAACUCCACCAAUCCCUCGAGUUCUGACACAGUCAAUUCGAUCAAAGAAGAGUUUGCGACAUCGUUUGAGAGCUACAUGAGCACUGACAUAAGCUCAGGAAUUGGUUUCCCGCAGAUUUUUCCAUUCUCAAUGGAAAGUCAAGAUCUUUUCUUGGCCAGAUCUAAUGAGUCUGCUGGUUUCAUUGAUGAAUUGGGAUUAGUAGGGGACCCUAUGGAUGAUGAUGCCUCAGAACUUGGAAUAGGAACACAGAUUCCAUUUUUAGGGUUUCCUUUCUAUGAUCCAUCAGGAAGUUGUAGAAUUGGGACGAGGGGUCCAAAUGGGAACAACCCCACAAACCCUGAAUGCUUCUUUGAUGAUUUUCCAGAUGAUAUGUUUGAUCAUCCUCAGCUACCUCCAAGCCCAUCAUCAUCAGAGCUGUGAUGACUUAUGUGUACUUCUUCACAAACACGUACAAAAACAUACACACACUGCAUAUUUUAUCUUGCUAGUUCUAUAUAUUUAUGUAUGUAAUAUUUAGUCGUCAUGGCGUGAUAUGCUUGAAGAUCACUUGUAGGAA